AUGAUCCAGCAUGCGGUAGCUCUCACUAUGGCUCGAUUUUGCGGCAAUGAGAUGGGUUCAUUGUUCGCCCAAGACCCGGAUUACAGCGAGUCUUCAGAAGAGAUCCUCAGCAAGAAGGACUUUCAAAUCGUCGGCCGUCACGGAGCAGGUGGAUUCGCAGAAAUCGACGACGACUCAAUUGUGAUCUCGGCAUUCCCCAACGCACCAGUCAAGCAGAUGAUUGCCGAUCUGGCUCGACCCGUCCUCAUAAUCUCCCGUGGCUACUCAUUCUUCAAUGAAAAAGGGAAGCCAUUUGCGGACGCCGACUCCCCGAGAACAAGGGAUAUGUGGGUUGACUAUGAUACAUACUGCAUUCCAGUCGACCACAAUGAGGUUGAGAUGCGCCUGGCAUUGCAAGGAUUGCAGUUGUAUCAUAGGCGCCCACAGGCAGUUGAAGCACGAGGAGAUUGA